AGUAUAGUGAAGUCAUUUCACACACAAGAGGGGUGAGAAGCAGAAACGUCACUUCCUCUCCUAUGUGUCCACAUUGGUACGUGGUUAAAAACAGCUAGGACGCCACGUACACAUUAUGCAAAGAUAGGUCUUUAUAAGAAAAGUCUUGUCGGGUCGCAGAUCCAUCGUAAUUUUAGCGUGCGUCUUUCUGAAUCGCCGAAGGGAGCAGCGUAUUUUCCUUUGAAACAAACAAGGGGUGGAGACAGAAGUUUCCAACUUCAUCUGCAGAAGUUUAGAGAAGCAAACUCGUAAAACUCAGUAAAAAUGAGUGAAACAAACCAGGAACGGGAGGAGUUGCCUGCAUACUUGAAGGAUGAGCCUCCUGCAGAUGCCAACAAAGACCAUCCCCAACCUCAGCCUGGCAUGUUCUCCAGGGUGGCCGGUGGUCUCUUCAGUGUCACGAAGGGGGCCGUUGGGGCCACAGUGGGUGGAGUCGCCUGGGUCGGAGGGAAAAGCCUUGAUCUCACGAAAACUGCUGUUACCUCAGUUGCAGCUGUUCCAGCGAUGGGAGUGGGGCUCGUGAAGGGCAGCGUGUCCGCCGUGGCUGGCGGCGUGACCGCCGUCGGCUCCGCUGUCGCCAGUAAAGUUCCCAUUGGCGGAGGCAAGAAAAAGGACAAGUCCGAUUGAAUCACGUGGCUCGAAGGUACUUUUCUCAGAGGCGUCUGCAUCAUGUCGUCGUCUUUGACUCCAGAGGGAGUUGAAUAUGGAGUUCACGCUAGGGUUACGAGCAUAUUUGGACCAUAUCUGUGAACCUGACCGGACCAACAAGACGACAUUCGCAAGCCGGGUGGCCUUCACUGUUCUAUAGGAAUAUGACAUUAAGUGUGUGUGUUCAUAUUCAGAGUCAAACUGUUUGUGUAUGAAGUAUUAAAUAUCUGACCGGAGGUGGAUGCGUGGACCUCUAAAUGUUCCGUUUACGCUUUACUUGAGCACACACUUGUGUCUGACUGUACACACAAAGAAUCGCAUGUUUUAAACACACCUUACAGUUGAAUUGCUCCAAGCCGCUUGUAGGGAUGAAGAUCAAUCAAGUGUCCCUCUAGGUGCUUGGGGAAGGGGGACUCACACUGUAGGGUGCUGAUGGUGGUGCUCCAUCCAUCUGAUUGAUUGUUUGUGAGAUUACUUACUUUGUGCCUCUGGGGUCCGUGCUGAACUUCAGUGAUCACUCUGUGUUCCCCUGAAAAAACUGAGAAACCACAAACACACACACACACACACAUAAUAAUAUACAGUCCCACGUUGAGGCCUUGUGUGUUUAGAUUUUGUCAAAAAACUCCAAAAAUUACAAUUGUGAGCCGUAAAUCUGAAUGCUGAUAGUACUGCAUUUUUUGGGAAACGUGCAUGACAAUCCCCAUCAAAACGCAAGUCUUUCUGUUUUGAUGACUGUAGCUGUAUUCCAACACCCAGUGACAUUUUCUUUGUCAUUUUUUCUGUGUGUCAUUCCAUCUGUCCUUUCGCUUCUUUCUGUUUUUUUUGGAUGUUUUGUUUUAUGGGCCAACAGAGAACCACAUGAGGUGGCAAAGUACAAUACAGUAUUUUCUUCUGUCGAGUAUUUGUUUUCCCUUUACCAAAGAUUAUGAUUGGAAAAAAAAAGUUUUGAGGUUUUUCUUCUUUUUGUUAAUAUUGAUAUGCAGUAUACUUUAUGCUAUUCAGUGUACUCUUUCAUUUUAGAUAGAUAGUUAUCAAAUGUAUCUUAAUGUUUUGUUGUUGAGACAAUCCAUAUUUCAGUGUAAUAAUGUGAAUUCAAAGGACUUAAAUAAAGAAUCGUGGCAGUUGCUUCAAUGUUAA